GGUUACUAUAUCCCUUCAUUUUCCAACUAAUUUUAACAUUUACAACAACAAAAAAUUGAAAAAUUUCCCUCGUCUCUCUCUUUAUUUUCUUUCCAACUCUCUGGGGAUCCAAACAAAAUAAUUAAGCCCACUCCGCUCUGUUUUACGGUCGCCGUCCUCAUCAUUUCCAAACAGUCCUUUGUCUUUCCGUCACUCUUGCGACAUCUGUCUUUCCAAAACAGACUUAUAGCCAAGGUUGUUGAAAACUCUUGGACACCAUAUGUGCAUUGAUGGAUUACUUAAAGAACGUUGAGUGAUGCAAGAUUUGGGAUCAUCACUUGCAAAAAAACAUAAAAUGGCUCCAACUAAUAAGUCUGAUAGAAAAUCAGUUGUAGAUGCGUCUGCCUGGAUGUUCAAUGUUGUCACUUCUGUUGGAAUCAUUAUUGUCAAUAAAGCCUUAAUGGCUACUUAUGGUUUCAGUUUUGCCACAACAUUGACUGGUCUGCAUUUCACUACCACGACCUUAAUGACUGCUGUUCUAACAUGGUUAGGAUAUAUUCAAUCUUCUCAUCUACCCUUGGGAGAUCUUUUGAAAUUUGUUUUGUUUGCAAACUUCUCUAUUGUUGGAAUGAAUGUUAGUCUGAUGUGGAACUCUGUGGGAUUUUAUCAGAUUGCAAAGCUUAGUAUGAUUCCUGUAUCAUGUUUUUUGGAAGUUGUAAUGGACAAGAUCCGAUACUCCAGAGAUACAAAGCUGAGCAUAGCUGUAGUUCUUCUCGGUGUUGGUGUUUGUACUGUGACUGAUGUGAGCGUUAAUACCAAAGGUUUCGUAGCUGCCUUCAUUGCAGUUUGGAGUACUUCUCUGCAGCAGUAUUAUGUACAUCACCUUCAGCGAAGGUAUAAUCUUAGUUCCUUUAACCUACUGGGACAUACUGCUCCUGCCCAGGCUGGAACACUGCUACUAUUAGGUCCAUUUCUGGACUAUUGGUUGACAAGCAAGAGAGUUGAUGCCUAUAGUUAUAACCUAGUAUCUAUUAUGUUUAUCACACUUUCGUGUACCAUAGCAGUAGGAACGAACCUUAGCCAGUUCAUCUGCAUCGGCAGAUUUACUGCAGUGUCAUUUCAAGUACUUGGCCAUAUGAAGACGAUCCUUGUGUUGAUUAUGGGAUUCUUUUUCUUUGGAAAAGAGGGUCUCAAUCUACAUGUGGUUCUGGGGAUGAUCAUAGCCGUGGUUGGAAUGAUUUGGUAUGGAAAUGCUUCAUCUAAGCCUGGUGGGAAAGAGCGCCGGAGCUUGUCUCUCCCUACGACCCGACAACAAAAGCCUGGUAGCUUAUCAGAUUCUAAUGAACAUGACGCGAAAGUCUAAUUCUCCAUUUAGGUAAGUUAAAAAAGCAAUACAGGGGGUAGCUGAUUUUUCAGGAAAUUAUUGGUUUAUCCUUAUGAUUAGGAUGGGGAGUAAAAGAAACAGCCUUAGUUUUAAUGAUUCUUAUACUUGUUAUUCUUUUGUAUUGGGUUCACUCUGAGGGAAUGGGUCAUUUUCGGAUAGGAUUAGAUGCUUUUUAAAAUCCAGGAAUAUAAUUUAUAUAAUUUUUCAUGCU